CUGCAAGUACCGUGUCGGCGUUUCUUUUCUCCCUGGGACCAACUUCUCUUAAUUUACAAGGAUUAAUUCCCUCUAUGCAGCUUCCUUAUGCCUAAACCAAGUUUCUCGGGGAGCAGAAGGAGUGUUCUACCUUUUUAACUAGGAAACGGUGGAUUUUUAUUUCUUCACAAAUACAUUUUCCAGAUCGCGCAACUUUUUGAAGGGAUCCGCUGCUGAAAAGGAAGAGGUUUUCUCAUGCAGUUGUGAGCAGCGUCUCUAAGCGGAUGAAUGUUUUUAUGAGGCACUUUGGUGGAGACAUGGGGCAGGACCAAACCAAGCAGCAGAUCGAAAAGGGACUCUGCCUUUAUCAGUCCAAUCAGACGGAGAAGGCACUAAGCAUAUGGAUGAAGGUGCUGGAGAAAACUUCAGACUGUAGGGGAAAAUUCCGAGUUUUAGGGUGUCUCAUUACUGCCCAUUCUGAGAUGGGAAGGUACAAAGAGAUGUUGAAGUAUGCCUUGGCCCAGAUCGAUACGGCCCGGGAGAUGGAAGACCCAGACUACCUGACGGAGGGUUACUUAAACCUUGCACGCAGCAACGAGAAACUCUGUGACUUUCAGAAGACAAUCUCCUACUGCAAGACCUGCCUAAAUAUGCAGGGUACGACAAUCAGUCUGCAGCUCAACGGUCAGGUGUGCCUGAGCAUGGGCAACGCCUUCAGCGGCCUUAGUCUCUUCCAGAAAGCCCUGGAAAACUAUGAGAAGGCAUUGCGCUAUGCCCACAACAAUGACGACAAGAUGUUGGAAUGCCGUGUCUGCUGCAGCUUGGGCCACUUCUACAUUCAGCUUAAGGACUAUGAGAAGGCCCUAUUCUUCCCAUGCAAGGCAGCAGAGCUCGUGAAUGACUAUGGCAAAGGCUGGAGCCUGAAGUAUCGUGCCAUGAGUCAAUACCACAUGGCGGUAGCCUACAGAAAACUGAACCGCCUGGCGGACGCAAUGGAGUGCUGUGAGGAAUCUAUGAAGAUCGCGCUGCAACAUGGAGAUCGACCCUUGCAGGCUUUGUGUCUGCUGAAUUUUGCCGACAUCCAUCGAUAUCGUAAUGACGUUGAAAAAGCAUUCCCUCGCUAUGAGUCGGCUAUGUGCAUCAUGACAGAAACCGGAAACCGAUUGGGACAGGCUUCGGUCUACCUGGGCGUGGGGAAAUGCUGGCUUCAGCAGAAGGAGCUUGACAAGGCUCUAGAUUCCCUGCAGCGGGCACAAGAACUGGCUGAGGCAGUAGGCAAUAAGCUGUGUUCCCUGAAAGUACACUGCCUGAAGGAACAAAUCUUCCGCAGCAAGGAGCAGCAGGAUGACCUACGGGAGCAAGUGGUGAAGUUCUUGCAGUGUGUCGAGGAGCUGGAGCUCUACUGCGGCAUGUGCGGAGAGUCCAUUGGGGAGAAGAACCAACAGCUUCAAGCCUUGCCAUGCUCCCAUGUCUUCCACCUCAAGUGCCUCCAGUCAAAUGGGACAAGAGGUUGUCCAAAGUGUCGUCGAUCUUCUGUCAAGCCAGGCUUUGUAUGA